GUGUCCAAGCAAGGCCUCCAGUUGCUUGCGGCCGAAAGCUCGGGGUCUGGGUUGGAGGAGGUGCACACCACCUACCUGAGAUUGAGCUUGGAGGAGCCGGGCACGGCCGUGGCGGUCGCUGGAGGCAACGCGCGCGAUGCCGGGGCGACGGUGCUGAAGCUGUGGAUGAUAGAAGGUCAUGUGGUGAAGUCUGCCCAGACCUUGUUUCUGCAGCGGAAUGAGCCUGAGGCUACGGCGCCGGAUCGACCGAAAAGGACGGAGCAGGUCCUGGCCACAGCCCUCCUCCCCUCUUGCAGAGAGCUGGCCGUGCUCCUUUCGGAUGGAAGCCUCUUCACCGCAAGAAGGGAGAUUUCCGAAUGGUUCCUGUGCUCGAAGCU